GAAAGCAGUUUUCGCGAUAACUUCUUAGACUCAACUUCAAAAUGCGUUCCCUGAUUCUUGUCGCUCUUUUGGCCUUCUUGGCUGUUGGCUUUGUGGCUGCCCGUCCAGCUGAGGAUGAGGAGUCCUCCGCUGCCGUGGUUGAGAAUGCCGAUGAGGAUUCGACUAGCAAUGAUGCGGAGAGCACCGAAGCCACUGAUGCGGAGGAAUCUUCUGAUGAUGAGGAGACGACUGAAGAGUCUGGUGAUGCCGCUGACGAAUCCAGCGAUGAUGCCGAUGAGGAUGAGACAACCACUGCAGCUUCGGCCAAGAAGCAGAUCCGUCCCUUCUGGCCCAGGUUCGGAGGUCAUGGUCCAGUUGUGAUCAGGCGUCACCCUAGUCUUGUCUAGGUCAAAGCCCUAUAGUCUUGAUUGCUUAACUAUUCCUUUCUAUUUUCUAAAUAAAAAAUGUUAUCUUUAACUCAAACUAAAAAUUCAAACUUUUCUACCAAUUUUCUAUACAACUCUAUUUUUUUCAAAACAAAUAAAGUGAAAUUUCAAAAAUUAAG